CUCUCUGUGCUACCUAUCCGCGUUGCGCGCCGCCCCGCGCGCCUACCGAGCACUUAACCAUGUCGUCGUCACUGGCGUCCUCGUCCUACCGCCGCAGGAUCCUCGACUCCAAGGUGGCGGCCACCCACGCGCUCUACUCUUCCCGCCUCCCCUCCCGCUCCAGGCAGACUGCGCACACCAGGAUUGGCGCCGCCACCACAGCUCACAGAGUUGAGAGUAGCAUUAUCAGUGUCCUAACUAUGCAUCACUGGGAGACCUUGAAUCACAUGGCCUACAAAUUUGGGAAGCUUGACAAGGUUCAUGGAAAACUAGCCUUGAAGAUACUGGGUUCUAUUGUGCAACAAUCAGGCUUAGAGCGAAUUACCCAUAUUUACUGCAUGACUGCUCAUAUCCUCAUCCAAGCUCAAAUGCAUCCACAAGCAAUAUCAGUGUUGAAACAUCUUGCUGGAGGAGGCUUCUCUUGCAGUGCUAUAUUGAGCGCUCUUUUGCGAACUAUCUCGCGUUGUGAUUCCAGUCCCAUGGUUUUUGACCUUCUUAUCAACGCAUAUCUGAAGGAAAAGAAAGUUCUUGAUGCAAGUAAGGCGAUUUUAUUGAUGGAUGCAUGCGGAUUUAAGGCUUCAGCUCGUUCUUGCAAUGCUGUCCUUAAUGGUCUUGUGGAAGUUGGGGAAUCAAAACAUGUGUGGUUCUUCUUUAAAGAAAGUCUGGCCAGGAAGUUCCCUUUGGAUGUCAUCACUUGCAACAUUGUGCUGAAUUCUCUGUGCCUUGAGGGUAACCUUAAAAGUGCUAAUCUUAUGCUACAAAAUAUGAAGAGUUGCUCCUUAGCAAAUGUGGUUACUUAUAAUACAAUACUUUACUGGUAUGUUAAGAAGGGAAGGUUCAAGGCUGCCAUGUGUGUCUUAGAAGAUAUGGAGAAGAAUUGUGUAGAGCCAGAUGUAUAUACUUACAACAUCAUGAUAGAUAAGUUAUGUAGAAUGAAGAGGAGUGCACGUGCCUACCUUUUGCUCAAAAGAAUGAGGGAAGAUAACUUAUCACCUGAUGAAUGUACAUAUAAUACUUUGAUCAAAGGUUUCUUUGAUGAAGGUAAGAUGAAAAUUGCUAUCUAUAUCUUCAACGAAAUGCUGAAACAGAGCCUGAAACCAAGUCUAGCUACUUACACUACCUUGAUUGAUGGGUAUUGCCGAAAUGGGACCACUGAUGAAGCUUUAAGAGUUCUAUGUGAAAUGCAAGUUGCUGGUGUACAACCAAGUGAAUUAACUUACAGUGCCAUGCUGAAUGGUUAUUGCAAAGCUUCCAUGCUGGGACAUGCAAUGAAUCUUAUGGAAGUUCUGAAAGCAAGAGGUACAACAAUCAAUAGGACUAUGUAUACUAUUCUGAUUGAUGGUUUCUGUCAGCUAGGAGUGGUUUCUAAGGCCAAACAAAUAUUAAAGUGCAUGCUUGUUGAUGGGAUUAAUCCAGAUGUUAUUACUUACUCAGCAUUGAUUAAUGGUAUGUGCAAGAUGGGUAAGCUGGAUGAAACAAAAGAGAUUUUGCCAAGGAUGCAAAAAACUGGAGUUUUGCCUAAUGAGGUGCUUUAUACAACUCUAGUUUGCUAUUGUUGUAAGGCUGGAUAUGUCAGAGAAGCACUGAAGUAUUUUGUGGACAUCUAUCGAAGGGGCCUAACUGCCAAUUCAUUCAUCCAUAAUACGUUAUUAUGCUCUUUGUAUGGAAAAGGAAUGAUUGCACAGGCUGAGCAAUUCAAACAAUACAUGUCUAGGAUGCAGAUAUCAUUUGAUGUCGCCGCUUUCAACUGUAUAAUAGACUACUACUGCACCAAAGGUAACAUGCAUGAGGCAUUCUCAGUGUAUGAUAAUAUGGGUAGAUAUGGUUGUUCUCCAAAUGUUUACACAUAUAGGAAUUUGCUUAGAGGAUUAUGCAAGGGAGGCCACUUGGUACAAGCAAAGGAGUUCAUGGCCUGCCUUGUUGACAUACCUUCUGCCAUUGAUCAGAAAACCUUUAAUGCAUUACUUCUAGGGAUCUGCAAAGAUGGGACACUAGAUGAAGCUCUGGAUUUAUGUGAGAAAAUGGUUACAAGUAACUUUCUACCUGACAUUCAUACCUACACGAUUCUUCUUAGUGGUUUUUGCAGAAAAGGUAAAAUUGUACCCGCGGUCAUCUUGUUGCAGAUGAUGUUGCAGAAAGGGUUUGUCCCAGAUAUUGUUACAUAUACAUGUUUGUUGAAUGGUUUGAUCAAGGAAGGCCAACUUAAGGUUGCUUCUUACCUGUUCCAGGAGAUCAUAUGCAAAGAAGGCAUGUAUGCUGAUUGUAUUGCCUACAACUCAAUGAUAAAUGGGUACCUAAAGGCAGGAAUGAUACAUAAAGUAGAUAUGAUGAUUUGUGAUAUGCAUCGUAAUGAGGUUUCUCCAAACCCGGCUAGUUAUAAUAUUCUUAUGCAUGGGCACAUCAAGAAGGGACAUUUAUCAAGAUCUAUUUAUCUCUACAAAGAUAUGGUAAGGAAAGGGAUUAGGCCAAACAAUGUGACAUAUCGUUUGCUUAUGCUUGGACUUACCAAACAGGGAAUGAUUGAAAUUGCAGUCAAGUUCUUGGAAAAGAUGGUCUUAGAAGGCAUUUAUCCUGAUAAGUUAGAUUUUGACUUACUCAUAGCUGCAUGUAGUGAAAAAUCUAGGAUGCCAAAUGCUUUACAGCUUUUCAACUGUAUGAAGCGGUUAUAUAUGUCACCUAGCAGCAGAGCAUACAGUGCCAUGAUAAAUGGAUUAAUCAGGAAAAACUGGUUGCAGCAGAGUUGUGAUGUUUUACGUGACAUGGUUGAAAGUGGGCUUGAACCAAAGCAUACACACUAUAUUGCCUUAAUCAAUGCAAAAUGCAGGAUUGGGGACAUCAAUGGAGCAUUCAGGCUUAAAGAGGAAAUGGCAGCUCUUGGUGUUGUGCCAGCUGAAGUUGCUGAAAGCUCAAUUGUUAGAGGUCUUAGUAAAUGUGGAAAGGUUGAAGAGGGUAUCAUAGUUUUCUGUAGCAUAAUACGUGCAGGAUUGGUGCCAACCAUUGCUACUUUCACUACCCUAAUGCAUGGUCUGUGUAAAGAAGGCAAGAUUGUUGAUGCUUUGGACCUCAAAAGGUCAAUGGAGUUGUAUGGAUUGAAGAUUGAUGUUGUCACCUAUAAUGUUCUAAUCACAGGUCUGUGCAAGCAUCAGUGUGUUUCUGAUGCAUUAGAUCUUUAUGAAGAGAUGAAAUCUAAGCAACUUCAACCGAACCUUACAACAUACGCCACAAUAGCUGGAGCCAUCUAUGCAUCAGGCAGAAUUCUGGAGGGAGAGACACUACUCAAUGAUAUAGAAGAUAGGGGCUUUGUUCCCUCAUAUAAGGAUCAAAGUCCUGAAUGGAGGUUGAAAAAUGCAGUGAGGAAGUUAAACAUGAUAAGAAAUUGCCGAAAAGCUAUAACAUCUGAGGAUGAGGUCGAGCCACUGCAUGCAGAUCAUGAAUCCAUGCCUGCCAAAGACUGAAAUCCUCUAGAAAUUGAACUUUUCCACUUCAAAGGAAGUGAUACAUUUAAUCGACAUAUAUAUGUAUCAGUACCUUUGAGAUUCCUUCUCCAAAUCGCCAUUUAGCUCAUCGAUUGUUUUUGCAAUGCACAUGGCUGGACUAGCAUCCCAAAUGAAGAAAUCUUGUGCAAGAGAUAUGUAUUCCAUUUGGAUGAAAUGAUGAAGUGUUUCCGUAGGCACAUGGCCACUGAGUGUCUCAAGUGAGCAGGAUUGGUUGGAUUUGUUAUGGAUCAUACAAAACAAAUUCAUAUAUCAUUUCGGAGGACAGAUCUCAAGAACCAUGAAGUUUCCAAGCAUAAGAAUAAGACAGUCCUCCGCUGUGGACGGGAGGUAUUUAUAAGUGCACGUCACAUAGAAGAGAAGGACUCAUUGUUGUUCACAUUCGCUCCUGUUUUGAGGCUCUGGUCCUUGAUUCUGAUUAUUGUGAAAAAAUGGUUUCUUGUUCCGGCAUCAAAGUUACUUGUAAUGCUCAACAAAGAGGUGUGGAUUAUGUUGAUAUUUUGAAUAGCUCCUGCGGUGACACCACAAGAUCAUGGGGAAGCAAAAGAUUUCCUACAUAUGAAAUGGGCAACUCAGGCCAUCCUAGAAAAAUAGCGAAGACAGUCAUAAAUAUUCACCCGAGGAUUCAGAAGAGGACACUGAGGAUAAAAAGGCAGCCACAAAAUACUCCUCUGUGGAUUCAGAUUACAUUUUAUUCUCUUUCUGCGUCAACAUUACGUUCUGAAUUAUAUGCUCAGAAUACACUAUAUUAGAUUUUAUUAUUGUCAUUUUCACUGUUAAGGAUUCUGUACCGGAGAAGACACUGAGGACAGAAAGACAAGUACAAAAUAUUCAUCCGAGGAUUCAGAAGGAAGCAUAUAAUGGAUUAUCAAGACGCCAUUGGUAGAAUGAAACAACUUGGGAGCAGGAGAAGCAUGUUGCCCCCUUCAGUCCAGGUUCCCAUUUACGUGUCAAUAAUAAGCAAGGGCAGUGUUGGUGUCAACAAUGUCUAUGCUGUAGCCAUUUGCAAGAAGUAUGCUGCUGCGCAUCUCCCAACCGAAAUUAGGCUGUGGCACUCAUGAGGGCAGAGAGGAGCAGGACCUGAGAAGUCAAGAUGCAUCCGAGGAUUGGCAACGCACGAAUGCUCGGGGGAGGAGGUUGGCACAAGUUUGUUUGUCCACGACAACCGUCUGGAAGUCUGAAAUAUCUGCCUGUUCCAGCUGAUGUCGAACCAAAGGAGGCUUACGAUGAUGGUGCAACAUUAUUCGUCACAAUGUCAAGGGUUAGUUUCUAGUUUCCAGCACAAGGGAGUGAUAGAGUCUCUGGUGGUAUUCUGCACAUUCGCUUUUGGUGGUUUUGCAAUCCGUUGUGUGUGGGGGCGGUACAGCUACUCUUA